CCCCUCCACCCACCCAAUAUUCUCGCCUGCUUGCUGUAACCUAUUUGGCAACUCCUGCUUCUUUUGUUCUUUGUGUAGAAACUACGACGAUUCGUGUGCGAUUGAACUGGGAAACCUUGUUUUGUCUCUCGAUCACUUGGCGUGAAUCGCGUGUGUGCUUCUUUCGCUUCACCCGGCUCUUUGGUGCACGACGCGAGUGGUAGCCAUGGCAGAGGGAAAGGACCGGAGCUCGUCGUCGUACCUCCUCAUCCCCAUCGUGCUGCGCUUCCUCGAAAUAUGCUUCUGCAUCGCAUCCUUCGUCAUAAUGACGUUUAUGAAGAUGGACUACAAGGGCUUUAACUCCACGUGCUACCUCUUCGCCAUGGCCAUCACGGGCCUCUGUCUGUCCGUGAUCGCCGCGGCCGUGACGUUCCUCGGCCGCAAGCCGGGCAUGGCCGUCAACGCCAUCCGCAUCCAGCUCUACAUCAGCUUCAUGAUGCUUCUGCUGCUCUUCGGCGCCGCUGCCACGGCCAGCUCCUUCCGUGUCAAUGCCUGCUUCAAUGGCCUGGGCCUGCUCAACCUCUUUGGGGAUGACUGCACAUUGCUGGCCUGGUCUGUGGCGAUGGGCUAUUUGGCCUCUUUCACCUACAUCGGCUCCUUUUGGCAUUUCUUCUUUCUUCUUGCUAAUGACCACUAAUUGGGCGGCGAGCUAAACGAACAGGCGUAACACUAGUUCCUGAGGGUUCUAGCUCAACCAAACUGUCAUGCAUUAGGAUGUCAGUCGGUCCUCUCGAAAAACGUGUAUGACGCAACUGUUAUUAGUGGCUGAAAAAAACUUAGCUUGCAUAAGAUUUUGUUAUUUGCGUUGUGCAAUAGACCAUAGAGAAAGGCAUUUAUUGUGGACAGCAAAAUAUGAACUAGAGGGGAGGUUUGUAGCAGUAGAUUUGUAUGUUAGGAAUUAUAACUCAGAAUAGCGCAGUAUUCA